AUGAUCGGAAGCUCCAAAAGAGGAUACGCUUUCACUCGGGCUUUUGUUGGUGGUGCUGCCAAAAGAGAUAAACUUGUGUGGAUAUUCAGAACCUGCUGGAACGCACUCAGGACACACUCGAGGCUGCAGGAGUUUUUCCAUCUUUCGAUCAAAUAGGCCUGUACUGUACUUUUAUCCGAACUUCCCACGGCUAUACUGGAAAAGUUCAAUGCUAUCGUUAUUGUGUCUUCAAUGUUCUUUCUGUGUGACUCUACAUAUCUUUUGGCGAUAGCGAGGGACAUUCUUCCUUUUCUGUAAAUGCCCCGUGCCUAAAUAACCGUAUAAUCAUGGGAGCUUUACUCGAGUUUGCUAGGAACUACGCGGUCAAUAGGAAUAUCCCACUGAAGAAGCUUCUCACACCUGCGGAACUACACAAGGCUCUUGAUAUGUAUAUUUGGCUGAGCUAUCGACUAGUGGACGCUGCCAUCGCACAGAAACACUUUUUCAACCGUGAUGGCCAAAGUGGUCGACUUCGACGUGCAGCAACCAGAUUGUCUGCUCUACCGCCACAAAUAUUCCUCGGUCACCACUCGAGACGGCGUCUAAAGUAUAACAUUCCCGCAGGCCACAUUGUUGCGAAGUCUCCAGUAUUUGCCAGCAGGCUUGCUCGCGCCGACAGCGUGCGCUCCUCACCAGAGGAGGACAAGACAGCGGUGCACACCUUUGAGAAAUGCGGUGGGGACGAUUCGGCAAGGCACAGAUAAUGUGAUUGAGGGGGCCGCCGAUUGCCGAUUGAGGGAGCUGCCUGCUUGUCCGUCGCCAUGAGGUUUGCUGUGAAAGUUUUUGGAGCUUGUUUCGUAUCCUCUGCGGCACUUUUCCUCCGGAGUAAGGAGGUGAUCUGUGAAGAUGCCGUCGAGACAUCGGUUUCUAAAGAAAUCUAUAAGGAGUGCGAGAAGACCUGGAAAUCUGUUGAUCCCGAGGGGUACUUGUACAUCCCCAACCUCUUCCGGAGGGCUUCCAAGAGAGCCAAUUCUAAGCUCUAUGGGGGCUUCCCGACUUUUGUUGGAGAAGAUGGCGGGAUCCACAAGGUGACUGGUCCUGCGGGCGGCGUCAUGACAGGAGCCCGGCAAGCUCUUGAGAUUUUCGAGGCGAGGAUGUACAUUCACGAUGGACGGAGAUACAGAGUUGACGCUGCACCAGGAGUGCUUCUGUGGAGUGGAUUACGAAGGGCAAUGCAGAAAGUGAUUGAGCAGCAGAACUGGAUCGCUGACCCCAAAUGGGUCAAUUUUGCGAAAAAAACACCGGAGCAUCAUAGGGACGGAUACUACAAAUACGUCCUCAACAGGCUUGUGUGUUUUCAUCAACCAGUCGGAAGAGACAAGUAUGUACGUGCCUUAGCGUAUGUCAAUGGCAACAAGCUCACUGUCGUGCACGUUUACAACCCGGGCGACUAUGAUGUGUACACAAGCACACUGGAUCGACUGCGAAACAUGCACUACUUGCAUAUGGAGUGCUUUAUUAGAAACUUUGAUGCACUCUUUGGCAAGCACGAGGAGCAAGUCCUCAAGAAAGAUCCAUGGGGGAUUCCAGGGCCUGGACUCGAUGAGUAUGGCACAUUCGAUUAUGCCGAAGAGUUACUGCAAAUCAUCGAGGAAGAAAAGCAGCAGCUCCAGCAGCAGCAGCAGCAGUUGCUGCAAGAGCUGAAGCGGCAGCUGGAUUUUGAGCUUCCAGAAGGCUUUAAUCAAUUCGGAUCAAACUUACAUCCUGCGUGGACCGUCGGAGAAGUGGCCACAAGUGGGCUCGCGACAGGGACGGACUCGGGAAGUCCUGCUGGCGACGAAGGAGCGGGGCCUAGUAACAGGCAGUAACGAAGCGGCCGCGGUGCAGGAAACAGCGUUGAGGAAGCUAGAAUAAGACUUUAUCAAACUAGUAAUUAAAAUAUUCGAUUUCGCUAUUCCA